UUUCCCUUCACACUCACACAUCUCCCCUUCCACUCUGCUCCUGUUAUAUAGUGUAGAGAAAUGUGUCUCUUAUAUUAUUUUAUUGGCAUUAUAUCCCCUCCCCUUCUGACAGUCCUGCUCAUCACAUCCUCCUUGAUUUGUUUACUGUACUACCACACAAUUUUUCCACUAAUCAUUCACAGUCCAACAGCUGUUAAUCUCAUCUAUGACCGUUCAGACGUUUGACUAAAAAAACAGAAGAAAGGAGGCCAAGCAGAUUUGAUCUAAAGCAACUGCCAGUUAGAUGCUGCUGUGCAGUGCCAUCCUCCCUAACCUAUCAGUGUGGGAAGUAAGCGUGCCACCUAUGAAGUCAGCAGUCCCCAACCCCCACCCUAAACACAUGUUCAACAUCCUCUGGGCACAGGCUGAGCAGAGCACUGAGACACAGCUGAGAAUUAGAGAGGGAGAGAGAGAGAGAGAGAGAGAGAGAGAGAGAGAGCAGUGAAGUGGAAAUAUGGGUGAGCAUCAGAGAAAGACAGAAAUAGAGCGAUAAAGCGGAGUGAAUUAGGCAGAGGGAGGAGGAGGAGAAACACAGUCUUUCAGUGAGGUGGUGAUGCUCGGUGCAGACAUUGUUCUGUUGUCGUCUCUGCUUUCUGUUAGCUCUCGUCGUGUGUGGAUGUGUGGAUUUGCUGCUCUCCUGAGUCUCGGUGGAAUUCAUUGCAUUUUGAUCCAAAAACAGCUGCAGAUGGAGGAUGCGACUGUGGCUGGAUGCUAGGAUCCAUGUGGGCCUGUGACGUCUGCACACCUUCUUCACCCAUAAGGAUGACUCCAGCGGCGGUACUGACCCAGAUUGUGGAGUCCUGGCUCUUCUCUUUGGGUGGUCUGUGAAUGUGAUGUGGAUGAGGCAUGCUUCACACCUCGGCAGAGACCACUCAGCCCGCUGCCUCUGCUGACAUCUGUCUCCGUGGAUACACGCAGCAACUGGCAGGUUACGCCACCAACACUGAUCCAUAAUAAUAAUCCCCAGCUGGAGAACAAACAACAUCUGGGCUUGGAGAGAAGGGAAAGGGCGAAGUUUCAGCAGGGUGGGCGGCAGAUGGUGACACUGCAGCAGCACUUCUCCAGCAUGGAGGAGACGGUGCGAACGCUACUACAGAACCAGGACUCACUGGAAGGGCCCAAGGUGGACCCACUGGAUCUUAUGAAAGCAUACAAGGAUAAACUCCUGGAGGAAAUGUGGAAGCAGCAGGACAGUCUGGAGGGUCCCACAGCCACAUCAGUGGAGAUGCCUACCUCGCCUGAGGCCGGCGGAGGGUCAGAGGAAAAUUCAAAGGACAGCAAUCCCCUGCUAGAGCGACUCAGAGCCCUGGAGGCGGAGAACUCUGCUCUGUCAAUGGAAAAUGACAAUCAGAGGAAGCAGUACGAGCGCUGUCUGGAUGAGGUGGCUAACCAGGUGGUGCAGGCCCUCCUCACACAGAAGGACUUAAAAGAGGAAUGUGUGAAGCUGCGGACCCGUGUGUUUGACUUGGAGCAGCAAAACCGCAUACUGAGCGUGCUGUUUCAACAACGUGUCAAAAUGUCCACGAUUCCUGUCUCCCAGGAGGUCCAAAGGAAUGGCAAAGGAGGUAUUCCUGCAGGAAGGUGGCCCAGCCUGUUGAGUCUAACAUGCCCACGUAGUAGUGGUAGUGGCAGUGGCAGUGAAUUGUCACUAUCCAGUGCUUGUAGUGAGUACUCCAGUGGUUCCCACACUUGGGCAGAGGGACGUGGAUCCUCCAAGCAGUGUGCUACAAGCCGGGACAAAAGGAUGAGUGCGUGUUCAAUAUCCAGCAAUCAUUCUGCAGCCACUGGGCAGACAGACCUGGGAUGGAAGGAAGGCCACAUCCUGAAAGGCCUGAAGUGUCUCCAGAUGUGCAACUCCAAAGAGGCAUCCUCACUUCCAUCUGUACCACACUGCAAAGACUGUAUGACCUCCAAUGAGGGUAUAUACUCACUUGGAGUCAAGUGUGGCCUACAAGGGAGUACAGCCAAGCAUGUAGCCCCUAGUAAAUCUUUAAAGGCUAGUGCAGGGAUUACUGCCCUAGACUCGGACGAUGCUGAUGAUGAGUCACCUAAAUUACAAAGUAAGGUAUCCAGUGAACCUAUAAAAGAGGAUCUUUGCUUGGAGAAGCUGGAUGUUACAAGGGAUGAUGACAACAAUUUUCAAGAAGACUCUGUAGAACUUGCUGGGAAUUUUUCCUCUCCUGUCACAGACAACUUCUUAUUUUUGGAGGGUCCCACAGUAAAACCUGGUGUGAGUCCAACGGAUAGCCUUAUGCAGCUGGAAGAAAAAAACAAAAGCUCACUAGAAAAACACAAGACUUCAGGUAUGAAAUUAAGUGACAGGAACAAUAACCAGGAAAGGUCUACUGACCGGAAAUCCAGACUUGAUCAAGUCAAAAGACAACAGGGUAGAUUUGUAAGCAAGCAAGUUGAAGGAGGGUUGAGUGAUGUGAACUCUUCUAUUCAGCACUCUGCAACAAGAGCUCUGAGCUGUGUCAGUGUAGCUAGACAGCGCAGCUCCUCAAUGGAGGUUCCUCACUGCAGAGGUCAGGUGAGUCAAGCUGACAGUCAAAGCCAGAACUACACCAUCUCAGAAUUUCCACAGAGAAAGCCAAAACUUCAGCCUUGUGACUCUGCAAGAAAGGCUUUCAUUCUACGGAGCAAAAGUGCAGAUGGAGAACAAGAACAAAAUAAACAUACACAUUCUCCUCUCCACCAAAAGCUUAUUAAAGGUCACAAGUCCAAAGGACAGUCAAACCCUUCUGGCAAAAGCACAAGCCUCAUUAAAACACAUGGUUCAAGCAAGGGAGCAUUAUCUAAAAUUGAGAAAGAUGAAGACAUUGCAGUGUCAACAAGUUCCAAGUCUCUCAAGAGUGUGAAGCAGUGUUCUCCCCUCGCUUCUCCUGCGAAGCAGUCAAAGACAUUUAAACCUCCAGGGAUCAGUGAUUGCUCAAAGAGCCCAACAAAAUCAUCUCUGCAAAUCACUAAGCAUCAAUCAAGCAGCGACUCUAUGGAAGAGAGCCUCUAUGACAACUUACCCUGCUCUCCACGAAAACAGCGACGCCAAGACCAGCACUGUGAUGUUACCCGUUCAGAAAUUAGGUCUCCAUCCCCUCCACCACCACCAGGUAGAACUACUUCCCUUCUCCAUAGACCAAGUGAUGACAGCUUACCCAAAGCACAUAAAUCUGCAGGUCAAGCUCAAAGCUCUACUACUGGGAAGAUAACAUUGAGCACCAACAAGCCACAGUCAAAUCAGAUUUCUUCUAUUAUACAACAAUCCAACACAACAAAAGACAAUCAGUACACAGCCCCACAAAUGGGUGCUGAUGGUAAGCCACUGAAAGAUAUCCCUACCAAAGUCCACCAUUCCCUCUCAACCAAGAUACCAUCUGUCCCAGCUCAAGAGUCACAAGCUUCAGAGUCAGUCCAGUUAUCUAUAGACAGAGGUGCCACAUGCCAUGAUGAAAAGGGUGCUCCCUCUAUAUUGCCAAGUCAGAGUGUCUUACAAAGAUCCCAACAGAGCAUUAGUGAGCCAAAACUUUCAGAAGUCUUGCCUCAGGCAUAUUCUAAUGUUUACUAUCAUGGGAAUGCCAAUAAUCUUCAGAGUUCCAAUUCAAGAGCUGUAAAAAUGUCUCUUCCUGUAAAUGCUAAAUCUCAUGAGGCAAUCUCUGGACAGGAAACCAGUACCUUCCUAGUUUUCGGAAGACAUAACAAAGAUGAUACAAACUCUAAAACUGUCCAGACCUUUCAGACUUUUACAUGUGAUCCCCAGAUGAGACAAGAAUGUGGUGCUCAUGACAAAGCCCGCAGAAAGAUUGAGACCCGCUGUAACUCACUGGAUUCUGAGCCCUCAGUUCAAGCUGUUGCAUCAGACAGCGGUGUGAUGUUAGAUUGGGGAUUUGAUGAGGAAGGUUGGCUGUUUAAACGAUCUGUGUCUGUGUCAACCAGACCUCCCCUUAAGCCAGUAAUGGGGAUGAAUGGGGCCAAGGCUCGUAGCCAGAGUUUUGGUGCACGCUAUAUGGACAGACCAAGCUUCAACAGAUCUGGAAAAGUCCGUACCCAGAUCAAAACACACUCAGGGAGCUCUUUGAACUCCCUCAGUGAUGUCCUUCCAGGAAGUAUGAGUUGCUCCAGUAGCUACCAUUGCCCAAUGAAUCGAUCCCUUUUGAACAACUUUUUGAUUGAAGAGGGUCUGGCAGUUCCCUCACAUUUGGGGUCCUCUAGUGAAAGACUUCAAAGUCUUAAACAACAACGAGAGCAGGCUAGGCGACUUCAGAUUGAGCAACAGUUUUCAAGCGCCUUUGGUGAGCCAGUUUCUGAAGAACCAGAAAGACAAAGUACUAUAACCACAAUCGAAGAGAAAGUGAUGCUUGGUAUAGAGGAGAACUUGCACAAGACUCAUGAACAGGAGAGAAGCAGUGAAGUGAAGCAAAAAUCUGGCUCAACUUUGGCAAGUUGGUUUGGUUUUCGUAAGAGUAAGCUUCCAGCUCCAAGCAAAAAGACUGACCCACCGAAAGUAAAAGAGGACAAGAGGGAGCAAAAGAUUACAUCGCUUCUGGGAGGAAAGCAGACAAAGUCAGACAAAAAGAAAGACAGAAGAAAAAGCGAUGGAAAAGAGAGCUCUGUGGGGAGAAGAGAGUCUCAUGAUGCAGUGCGGGCAUGCAUCUCAAUGCCGUGCCCAGGAAUGUCCCUUAAUGAGAUACAAGGACACACUGACAUUGGGGACCCAAAGAUCCAGAUGGUGAACCUGAGAGCAGAUGGUGAAAACGGAUCUACAGUGAAGAGCCCCAACCAGGAUGCUGUAAUAGGCUUCGGCUGCAAGAUGCGAACGUUGGAUAGUGGAAUCGGGACCAUUCCCCUUCCCGAAUCCUGUUCCUUCUUCUCCUCCAUCCUGCACCUUCUCCCUAAAUCGUCAUCAACCCCAGAACAGUCCUUCAGUCCUACCAGUGUCCCCAGUUCCUCCAGUGAGGAUGUGUCUCCAUCCCCAUUGCCCCGGUGGAGAAUACCCUCCAGCUUUAAGGACAGCAGCCAUGCAGGGGUGUCAAACUCCCUAUCCAACUCCUCCAUGACCCAUAUCCAGUCAGUGCCUUUCCCCACUGUGGCCUUCCUCCAGCCCAUCCAACCCCAGUCUCAACCUAUUGUGACUGCCAGUGUGUGUGAUACCCAGAGCAGGCUACCCAGACGGCCACAAGGUGGAUUGGAACCAAAGAAGUUGACCUAUAUCAAAUCGAAAACACGAACCACUCCGAGCCAACAGAAAGAACAGACACGACUUCAGCUCGCCAUCUAGUUUAUGAAGCUGACUGCUGAAUCAACCUGAAGAAAAGAUUUAUCAUUCGAACACACACACACACGGAUGAAUGGAUGAUCCCUAAAUCCCACAGUUUGCACACAGAGUCUGUGUAUCAGGAUGAAACGCUCAGAACUGGAAAAACAAGCGAGCUUGGCAUAGUCAGCUUCACCUGUGCUCGGUGUAGUGUUGAGAUACUGAGUAGCCUUUCAGGUGUUGUCAUGAACCUUCUGGCAGCCAUUUUGGAGGUCUGCAGCUCAUUGGCAUCAGGUGUGAGCUGCUAAUUGAAUUUCUAAAAAAAACAAAAAACUCUGCUGUCUCACAGGACAGGAGUUGAGCACAAGUUAUAAUUCGUUUUUUCCAUCAGAAGGAAACAAAACUGUAAUCGUCUGACACAAGCCAACGCAUGCAGGCCUGGGUUAAGAUAAUGUUUGUGGCCAGCAGCUGCUUUACAUUGCAAUGACAUAACUAUACGUGUUACCAGCCAAAAUGUACCACCCUUACUCAAAUGAAUGGAAAAACCUGUGUAACGUGUUUUAAUUUAGAACAAAUACAAAAUACGAUAGCUCCAAAAUGCUCACCUUAAUAAUAGCCUUGCAAAGCUGUUAUAGCUAACAUAUUAUAAACAUCAGCAUAUCCUUUCUACAAACACAAAGUAUAAUAUUCUGUCUCUUUUUUUUAUCUCUGUUAUGGUCACCACCAACUCGUUUUGUUUGCUGUUCAACUUUAUGAACCAGCCACUCGGUAGCUUUGUCGUUUGGCGAAGGCAGUUAUAGAGUGGGUUUAUCUUACUGUGCGGCUGUACAACCAAAACAGUGAGCCAGAAGAAAAUGGCUAAUAACUAAUUCACCACGAGACCUCCAUAAUGGCACCAGAUGCAGUCACUUUUAGAGACUAAAAGACCUCCACUAAUAUCCUGUUGAACAAAAUUAUUUAGUGUCCUUCAUUUGCAUUUCCAGACAUUUUAAUCAACGUUCAUGUGAAAAUCUAAUUCUGCUUUCAUCAGAUGGAAACUUAUAAACUCAAGAUUACAAACUAUGACUUCCAUCCGUAUGUACAGCACUAACUAUUGAUUGCCGUUCAUGAGCUCUAUACCUGACUAAGUAAUGUGAUUCUUUAAACUGUGCACCAUCUUGUUGGAAACAUUGUUUCUUUUUUUUUUAUCGUCACAAUGUUAAUAUCAACCUGCAUGCGACCACCCUUGGGUUUAUUCUAACCACAGAAAUGAAAUAUGAAACAUAUGAAGAGUUUCAUCACAAGAUGUGAAAAAUAGUAGUGUUGACAUUUAACACAUAAUCUGUCUUUUCAAUAUAUAAUCCACAGUGAGUCUGACUUCACACCUGUUUCAUACCAUUGUAACAUCUUGUAAUGAAACUCAUGUGUGAACUGCGAUGUGCAUACAUAUUUUCACAGUUAUGACAUCAGGACAAAGGAGUGAGUUUUGCAUGUAACCUUAGAUAUAAAGCACCUGCUGUUUAGGCACAUUGUGGACAUUGUUGUGCUAGCUCAGGGAAAGAUAUACAUUUAUUGUCUCUGAUAGAUGCUGUGGAUUUAAUAAGCAAACCUCCAAACCAUUUCACUGGUUUAAAGGAUAUUACCUGAACUCGAUAUUUUCCUCUUGUCAGUUUUUGUCUGUACAUUUAACUGUAAGAUAUCUCACAACGGUUGCUCGGUUUCUCUCUCUAUUAUGUAUGCUGUGUCCUUUAUAGUGACGUUUGUUGGUGUUUUGAAUGCAUCCUGACAUAUUUGACGGUUUUAGCUGCUUUGCGAUGUUUUCUCCUCACCCCUCACACUGUUGUCAGCUCCCUCGCCUCUCAUGUAUAGAUAUUUGCCAAAACGCAUAUUGCCAAACACAGCUCUGAGCUAAUCACAUAUACACAAAAUGAAUGCAACUAAAUGGACAUAUCAGAUUUGUCAUGGUGACUAUAGCCAUAUUCUUUUGAAACACUACAGUUUAAUGUGAUGUAGAACUAUGGAGCACUGUCAUGUUGCACAAUAUCAUUAGUCAUCUUCCUUUAGAUUUACCUCUUUGAAUCUUUACUCACUUGCUACAUGUAUAUAUGUUGAAGGUAAUAAAUGUAAGAUUAAAGUGGUGUUCAUGCCAAUAGCAACACACAGGUUUAAUAAAUGAAAUAUGUAGCGUACACAGGUGAGACGUUAACGGAUCAGGGAAACAGAUUGGCUGUACUGAUACGGGUAGAUGGAGCAUGGCGUCUGUUUUUAAAAUGACUCUCACAAGAGUAUUGUAUUUUUUUAACAUUUACUCUAAUGCCCUGUAUUUGUACUCAGCACUGAUGAGUGUAUUUCACCAUUAAUUGCACAUAUCGUUACUCGCUAUUACAGUUAUUCUCCCUCUUUUUUUUUUAGAACCCAUUAACAGUGAUGUUCUUGUGUGACAGUCACCUUAGCAGUACAGAUUGAGAAUUGUAUAUUGCUGAUAUUCUUUGUUUUAUGUAAAAGAAGAAGGAAAAAAUAA